ACGUACUUGGUUACGUGGUACACUUACUUUCAUUUACUGGAACUAUAUUUGAUGAAAUGACAUCGUUGGGUUGCUGUCGGACGGAGACAUAACAUGUCUCACAACGCCGACCUUCACGCUGCUAACUUAAUUAAUCAUUCUUUUUAAUCAAUUAACCAACACUCGGCUUGUUAAUUCCGUCACUUUUUUUUAUUUUAGUGUCUACUAUCCGCAAAUACAACUGAAUGGAGGCAACUGGACUCUUAUCUCAUCAAUCGGAUUAUAUGAUGUUAUUAAUGAUGAGCUACAAACAUAUUAUCAAUCUAUUUGACUUCAACCAAAAUUAACUUACCAGACCAAAACAUAAACGCGAUUCUUAAAAAUACAUAUUUCUUGAUUGAGAUCUUACAUUUAGUGUGCAGCUUCAUGAUAGAGAAGCUCUCCAUGUUUCAUCAGUGUGAGAACUACUUUGACAAAAAGAAAGCAGAGGAUCUCCGUCAGCGUCCCACAUCAGUGUAAAAAGGUCCGCUCCACAACGGAUCCUAUCAGCUUGUCGGAAAAAGUGUCCGCCGCCCUCCUUGGCAGCCUAGCCUGUCUGGCACGUUGGGAUACAUCACUUCAUCUCUGCAGUCUCAUGGCGGCCAAUGGUCUGAUCCGACUCCGCCCCCUGCUGUGUGGCACCCUGGUGCGAGUGCUCGGGUGUCCCACCAGGGUGGACCCCACAUCCUGGCUCCCCGGCGCCCCCUGCCUCCCCGCUGCUGCACGCGCUCGACUCUACGCCACCAAGAAGGCUAAAGCCAAGACCAAGGGACAGUCCUCCAAAGUGAACAUCAGCGCCGCCCUGGUGGAGAACAUCAUCAGUCUGGAGGAAGUGAAGGCGGACAUGACGGGGGUUCUGAGCACGCUCAAAGACGACUUCACACGCAACCUGGGCAUCCGAACCUCACCAGGAGCUCUGGACCACAUCCUGGUGUCCACCCAAGACGGGAAGUUCCCUCUCAACCAGCUGGGCCAGGUCUCCAUGAAAUCCCCUCAGAUGAUCCUGGUCAACAUGAGCAGCUUCCCUGAGGCGACAGCGGCGGCCGCCCGUGCCCUGAGAGAGAGCAGCAUGAAGCUCAACCCUGAGGUGGACGGGUCCUUCAUUAAGGUGCUGGUCCCUAAAGUGACGCGUGAGCACAGAGAGAACUUGGUCAAGACGGCCAAACAGUUGAGCAACAAGGCCAAAGACUCGCUGAGGAGGGUUCGCUCCAGCGCGGUGGCGCAGGUGAAAAAGGCCAAGGAGGGACACUCGGAGGACGUUUUGAGGCUGGUGGAGAAACAGAUUCAGCAAAUGGCCGACUCCUUCUCGGCAGACGUGGACAACCACCUGGCAGUGAAGACCAAGGAGCUGCUCGGCUGAACUAACAGCAGGGAGCCGAUAUUUGACAUUUUCACCUGUAUCGCCAUCGGCCUUUUUCUAGUCGGUAUCAGCUUUUUUUUUUUCUUUUUUUUUUCCCAGCGGCAACAGAACAACAUGAGCAGAUACAAUAAGUACACAUGACAGCAGUACUUAGUAUUCACACAAUAAAUACAAAAUA